UCGUUACACAUACGGAAAACUAAAUCCGUCCCUCACACACACGCAGGCAGGCAGGCACACACACACACACACACACAUCGCCUCAAAACCGACAGUCCAGACAGAAGACUGGUCGGUAAUCGCAGUGAAAAAGGCACGAAACUUGCGCAGGCUCGCCAGGUUUACAUGUAUUGCUUUACCUACAAAGUAACAGUAAUAACAUUAAAAGCAAACCGCGGCGCAAGAUGAAUGAUGACCUGGAAAAAAAGGGUGGCAGCCUGACUCUGGCUCGGACUGUGUGCUCAGCCGCUAUUGGUGGCACAUUUCAGUACGGCUACAACAUUGCCAUCAUCAAUGCACCCACUGUGGACAUCUGCAGGUUUAUCAAUGACACCAGCUGGGAACGCUGGGCUGUAGCUCUGGAGUCCUACCAAGUGAAUCUGUUUUGGUCCUUCAUCGUUUCGAUCUUCUCUGUCGGUGGCCUGCUGGGGGCGCUGCUCGCUGGACCAAUGGCCAUCCGAUUUGGAAGGAAGAGGUCGCUACUGAUGAACAAUGUGUUUCUGGGACUGAGCUGCGUGCUGUUGAUCGCGAGCAGAGCCUCGCGCUCCUAUGAGAUGAUCGUCCUGGGCCGCCUCCUCAUAGGGAUCAACGCCGGAGUCAGCAUGAACAUCCAGCCCAUGUAUUUCGGAGAGAGCGCUCCCAAACAUCUGAGGGGGGCUGUGGCCCUGUCAUCUGGCAUCUUCACGGCCCUCGGUGUGGUGCUGGGACAGGUGGUGGGCCUGAGGGAGCUGCUGGGCUGCCAGGCUUGCUGGCCGUUCCUCCUGGGGAGCGCUGCAGUCCCAGGCUUCAUACAGCUGCUUACGUUGCCCUGGUGCCCCGAGAGUCCCCGGUACCUCCUGAUCGACAGGGGAGACAAGGACGCCUGCAUCAGGGCACUGCAGCAGCUGCAUGGCUCCGAUGCCGUCGAUGGCGAGAUGGCUGAGAUCCUGCAGGAGCAGGCCGCAUCCACGGGGGAGAGGCCCAGGAGUCCGUGGGAGCUGCUCCGAGACCCAGCUGUUCGCUGGCAGCUUGGCUCUGUUAUGAUCGUCAGCAGCGCCAUGCAGCUCUGUGGUAAUGAUGCGAUAUACUUCUACGCGUCUUCUGUGUUCCAAGAAGCGGGGAUCUCCACAGAUAAGAUCCCGUACGCCACCAUUGGCACGGGGGCGUGUGAAUUUGCAGCCGUAAUAAUGUGUAGCCUGCUUAUCGAGCAUCUUGGCAGAAGGUUGCUGUUGAUUGGUGGUUAUGUCCUCAUGGCCGGUUGGUCCGUGGUGUUCACAGUGGCUCUGUCAUUCCAGAGGACAGUGGACUGGAUGCCUUACUUAUGCAUGACUUGCAUCUUCGCCUAUAUACUGAGCUUUGGGAUGGGGCCUGCUGGAGUGACAGGAAUCUUGCCCACUGAAAUAUUCAAUCAGGCUGCGCGGCCAGCUGCGUACAUGAUAGCAGGCUCCCUGAUGUGGAUCAACUUCUUCAUGGUGGGGAUGGUCUUUCCCUUCUUAGUGAGUGAACUCGGCGAUUUCUGCUUCGUCCCCUUUUGUGUCGUCUGCCUGCUGGCCUCCAGUUUCAUCGGCUUUGCUCUGCCGGAGACGAAGGGAAAAUCACUGCAAGAAAUCACCUGUGAGUUUGACAAGCUCAAUUUCCCAGGCCGCCAGAGGCUUCAGGCCUUCUACCAGCUUGGGGAAGUCCUCCACUCCACAGCCUUGUAGGUCAGACUACGCCUGCACCGCCCUCUCAUUCGCCAGCAGGGGGUGCACUGGGGCCAGCGGGUCUGUGACCAAAGCGGUAGGGUCCACAAGCUACUUCCAUUUGUGCUGCUGCCUUCUUGCAGAUGAUUAAAUUAGACUUCAAGUCAGACAGAAUUUUCCGUACAACACUGAAGCUUUACAGCAAAGUGCAAAAACUCACCCUCACUGUCAAUAUUGUUCUUGUCUGGAAAAUGUGUAAUACUGCUCAACAAUUCUGCCGACAAAAAGGCAAACGUGUCCAAAGCAUUAAAAUCAUCUCUCCAUU